UAUCCAAAACGAGGCGAGUUGGGGAGGAGGUUAUGUGGCCUAGCAUUAACUCUUAUUUUUUUCUUACCCAAGAGUUCUUUCGAAAUGUGAAUUUACAUCCAAAGCAGCUUUCGGCUUGUGUUGUGACCGGCUGCCAUCAUGCUGCUGACAACAAGUCGGACGAGCAUCAGUUAUUUGGCGCGAAGGACGGAUGGAGCCAUAUCUGCUGCUCUCCUUCAAAGAGUAACUUGCAGCUCAAAAUAUGCUCAAGUAAGAGGACACGCUGAUCAAAGUAAGUCCACUGAAAGAAGAGUGGUUUGUACAGGCCUUGGGCUUGUAACUCCUCUUGGAUGUGAAAUUGAGGAAGUCUGGAGAAGACUUACAGAGGGGGAGUGUGGUGUGUCAGCAAUUGAAUCCAAAGAAUUUUCAGACCUGCCAUCAAGAAUUGCUGCGUUUGUUCCUACUGGAACAGAGCCAGGUCAGUUUGAUGAAACAAAAGUUGCAUCCAAAGGGGAAAGACGAAACAUUUUAAAAGCAGCCCUGUUUGCAUUGGACUGUGCUGACAGAGCACUAAAUGACUCCAGCUGGAAACCGGUGACAGAGGAAGACUAUGAGAGAACAGGUAUUGCUGUUGGCACAGGUAUGACAGGGCUGGAUGAAAUCGCUAGCACUGGACAUGCUUUCUAUACUCAGGGCUACAAGAAAAUCAGUCCAUACUUCAUCCCAAAAAUUCUUACCAAUAUGCCAACUGGUCAUAUAAGCAUCCGCUAUGGAUUCAAGGGACCCAAUCAUUCAGUAUCAACCGCGUGCACAACCGGAGCCCAUUCUAUUGGCGAUGCAUUUAAUAUGAUCCGCAGAGGCUACGCUGAUGUGAUGCUUUGUGGAGGGACUGAGGCUAGCAUUUCCCCACUCGCAUGUGCUGGAUUUGCAAGGGCCAGAGCUCUGUCUACAAGCUUUAAUGAUGAUCCUCAAAGGGCUUCACGACCCUUUGACAAAGACAGAGAUGGAUUUGUGAUAGGUGAAGGAGCCGCUGUGCUGAUUCUUGAGGAGAUGGACCAUGCAAUAAAACGAAACGCAAAAUUGUACGCAGAAGUUCUCGGCUAUGGAAUGUCAGGAGAUGCCUAUCAUAUAACUGCUCCGUCUGAAAGUGGUCGUGGUGCGUAUUUGUCAAUGAAAACAGCAUUAAAAGACGCUGGUCUUCGACCUGACGAAGUGCAAUAUAUCAAUGCUCACGCAACAUCCACCCCUCUUGGUGAUGCAGUAGAGAAUAAAGCUAUUAAAGACGUAUUCCUUUCCCAUUCAAAAAAGCUGCAGGUUUCGUCUACUAAAGGUGCAGUUGGCCAUCUACUCGGAGCCGCUGGGGCAGUUGAGGCAGCCUUCACAGUACUAUCUGUGUUUAAAGAAAUCGCUCCUCCAACAUUAAACCUGUACAAUGUAUCCUGUGAUAAAGAAUUCUCCCUGAACUACGUUCCUAUAAAAGCCCAAGAGUAUUGUGCCACAAAAGGAAAGAGAAAGAUCGCUUUGACAAACUCUUUUGGAUUUGGCGGGACAAAUGCAAGUCUUUGUUUUGGAAGCAUCGUGUGAAAGAUCAAGGUAGCUUUUUUUUAAUUCCUGACAUUUUUUAAUUAAGGGCCAGGCUCUGUGUAUCUUAGCUCAUAAGUAAAUAGGAGUAACUUUAAGUGUAACUUGUGCUGGUAUAUUCGAAUAGUCGUUGAUAGAGGUGAAUGUUUGUUUCACUUCAUUGUUUAGGACAAAACUGUCACAAGAUAGCAUGUAAAAUAUACGGAAGUCGACUGGGUAAUGUAAGAGCAACGAACCUACCGGAAUCGCAAAGAAUUUAUCUACAAGAUACUUUUGCUAGUUCAAAUUAAAAUUUUUUGGUUAAAAUUCUUUGGAUUUGUAUGCUCGUUUUAGAGCUCAAACAAACUAAUCAUUUAAUGAUGUACAUUUUUGUAUCCACGUGAUUUUAAAAUCCUAUUACCCUGCAAUGCCUAAUUAAAGGAGAGUGACUUUAUUAGCAAGGAGCUGGAACUUUCUCUAAAAUCAAUGGAAUGGGGAUCAUAAUAAACUGAUGCUCGAUGGCAAAAAUAAUUGUUUCUUCUGCUGCUAAUAUAAAGGGAGAACAUGCGUAUAGAUACUGAAGGCAAAUUGUUUAAUCUGUAUGUAUUAACCCUUUUUAUAGUGUAGAAUGAGUCACGGCUUUUCUUUUUACGUAUGCUUACCCUCGUACUUUGUUAUAAGUGGGGAUCAUCAUGAUUAAGGGAAAUGGGUAUCGCUUUUUCUGAAACCUCGAACCUGGCCCCUUUACAUUUGAUAAAGACGCGAUUGUUUAUAUGUUAGACACUCGAUUGAAAUGGAGAAUGACACAAUUAAUCAAUAUAUUUUCCGCGAUACUUUAAUAGAUUUCUAGCUCAUUGAAUACAGUGUUUCGUAGAAAAGGCGAUCAAAAAAACUUAGGCCUAGCCUAACAACAACAACGGUUUCAAACCGAGAUCGGUAAAUGACGUAAUCAAUUAAUGUCUCUUCUGAAGGGGUAAAACUCUAUAAGCAAAAAUUACGUGUACUUAUGGUAAACGAAAUAAUUGUCCAUACAUUUCACAUAUACACUAAGUCCCUUCAGCUAGUCUAUAUUGCAACAAUGUUCACAUUUAUAAUGACUAAAGGUCAAAUACGAAUAGAUACAAGCUAAAAAGUGAGUGCUGUACAUGUACUUCCAGAGAGUCGUGUAUCCAUUACUUUCAACUAAACAAAUUUAUUUCUAGUUGUUUAUAUACUGGCAGAAUGCUACCUGACACUAAUAGGGGCUUUAGUCCAGAUCUUAAAGGCUGAGUAGGAAAAUCCUUUUUUGCAUAGUCUAGAUUGUACUUCAGGAAUCGGGAUCUGAAAAUAUUUACUGAAUCGCGUGUUAUAAAAACACCCCUGGAGAAGAGAAUUCGUCACUAGGAUUUAGUACAUCAAUAUCUGCAAGUACCAAGGUUUUUGUAAUUUUGCUGCAACUUCCUUUGGUGGUGAGUACCCAUGCCAUGUAAUUAUAUUCAUUCUUUUUGUGAAGCUUGUUGCUUUGUGAAGUUUAAAAUGCUUGCUGCUUUGUACUUAGCAGAGUAACCAGAGAAUAUCUCGAUGGUGAUCACCUUUAAGUGUUUUUAAUCGUAUGGAUCGAAACCGUGAAGUCAACAG